AGCUCCGAGGAGGGCUGGCCGGCUGCCUGCAGGGUGCUGCGGCGCGACGCUGGGGGCGUCCUGCACGUCCAUCAAAACGUGGACUUGUCCCCAGGGAGGAAGCCGCGGCCUCCCGGGAGCGGCGCGGCGGCGGAGGAGCAGGGGGCCUGUCCGCAGCAAGUGGUCACCGGCCCGCGGGAACACGGAGGCCGGGGCUUCUGGGAGGAAAGUACUGUCGACAGCCACCAAGCCGGAGUGGCGGAGGUGGGCAGAGUCUGCAGAAGCGCGAAUUGCCGCUCUCCUCGAGCAGCUGCACGGGAAGCCGUGGAAGACACAGAUCCUCCGCGUCGGGCGCGUGAAGUCCUAUGCGCCCCACGUGGACCACGUCGUCCUGGACCUGGAGUGCCGGCCCUGCCCUUCGGCGGACUAGCGAGGAGGCUGCUGGACACGGGUUCCGAGUGCCAGUGGAUCAGCUCGGGCUGGUUCGCACCCCUUCUAUCUCCUGGUGAUCCGUUUUACUAUUCUGUGGCCCUGAAGGCAGGCUCUCGACCAAUCCGAUUCAUGUCACUUGCCUUCCACGGAUCAUGAAGAGAGCGCGCUGCACAUCUGGGUGAAGCAGCGUGGCCCCUCAAGCGAGGCUCAUCUGUGCAAUUCCGAAUUCUGAUUCGGUCCGGACGUUGGGUACGGGUUUUUACUGUUUUUUAGCCUAGGAUCUCCUUGUUUGCAAAUCGAAGGUUUCUUUGAACUGUC